AUGGAGAACUUGCCAGCAAUUUUGGAAGCCAGUAUCUCGCCGAACAGUCAGAUAAUUAAACAAGCCGAGCAACAGUUGGACGAGCUUUCAAAAUCUCCAGGUAUAGCUGAUUAUGUUAUUUUAGUUUUCGAUUUUUAGGUUUCGCCCAAGUGUUGCUUCAAGUGAUCAGUCAAGAAAGUGUUAGCAAAGACAUCCGAGUUUCUGCUGCUGUAGCUUUCAAGAACUUUAUUAGGAAGAAUUGGGUGAGUUUUGGCUUCUUUGGAACGUUAGAGGGUUUUGGACAUGGAUAAGAUUGUAAAAGCUGUUUUGAUUUAUUUUAAAUGACAUUGAUUAAUAUGGGGUUUUCUUGUGAAGUAAAGAACGGCAAGGACUUUGUUUACAUGGUUUGAAAUGGCAGGAAAAGUCAUUUGAAAUAUGGAAAACGUUAAAAUUAUUCUUUUUGUAAGGAUAAUAUAGGAAAAACAAUUUAUUUGUCUCAUAACAAACGUAUUUGGUUUAGAAUCCAGAAGGGCAACUGGCUGUAGCUCCGCUGGACAAUGGAGAACGUAAUCAAAUCCGAGAACUUGUGAUCACGGCCAUGUUUCAAAUGGAAGAGCUGUAUCGACGUCAACUAACCCAAUCGCUGUGUAUCAUUGGAAAUCAAGAUUUCCCAAGGCAAUGGCCAUCUUUAAUGCAACUUUUAGCCCGACAUCUCGACGGAGAUUUUUCGCACAUCUUGGCCACUUUAACCGCCAUUGAACAGUUGGUACAUCGCUACAGGAAUGAGAGACGAACGGACGAUUUGAUUCGAGAAAUCAUUCUUGUCCUUCAAAGUGUCGCUCAACCAAUAACGGAUCUGUUCAACAGACUUAUAGCCAUGGUGCCACCCGAAGGUCAAGAGAUUGGAUUGUCGUUGGAUGAGCAGAAUCAAUGGCUGGAGAUAUUGUUGUUGCUCAGCAAGAUCUACUAUUCAUUGAUUUGGCAGGAUCUACCUGAGUUCUUUGAGGUAUGUAUUGAUUCAGAGUGUGAAAUUAGGGGUUUAAGUGAAAAAUGGUUUAAAAUCAAGUUCUUAGUCGAAAACUAGCUUAAUGUAAAGGUUUUGAAUUGAAAAUUAUUUAACACAAAGCUUAUAGGAUCACUUGGAAGAAUGGAUGAGUGGCUACCUAAAGCUCUUAAGCCUAAAACUCCCCAACUACGAGUCCAGGUCAGACGACACCGAACCGAAUCACUUGGACAACAUUAAGCGUGUCAUUUGUGACAUUGCCAAGCUAUACAGUCAACGUUUCGAAGAGGAGUUCAUGCCCUACAUCAUGAAGUUCAUCGAAAUCGUGUGGAAUUUGUUGGUUCAAACUGAUCACAGAGUUCGCUUCGACUCGCUAGUCAACGCCGCUCUGGGCUAUUUGUCUGCCGUGUGUGAACGUGAACGAUAUGUACAAAUCUUCAGAGAGCCGGGGGUUUUGGAGCAGAUUUGCCAAGCUGUUGUUAUCAAGAACUUGACUUUGAGAAAUGAGGACUUGGAGCAGUUUCAGGAUGAACCUUUUGAUUAUUUGAAGAGGGAUAUUGAAGGUAUAGCUUCAGAGCUGUUUUUACUGAUUUAAAGCUAUUAUUAAUUAUUUUAAGCACAAAUUUUAUGAUUUUAAAGUUAAUUUUGAUAUUUUAAAGUUAAUGUUAACGUUUUAAAUCUAGUUUCAACAAUUUUAAAGCCAAUUUUAAUAUUUCAAAGCUAAUUUAAAUGAUUUUAGGUCUGGAUUUGGAGACCAGACGUCGUGGAGCAGUUGAUUUUGUUCGCGCACUAACUAAAUUCUUUGAAGCUGAUGUAUUCAAAGUUUUGAGUCAAGCUAUUACUCAAUAUUUGAACGAAUUUCAAGUAAUAUUUUUUUUUGGUUUUUUUUUAAUUUUUAGGGUUCAUACCUACAAUAACAUCAGCUAGCUAUGUCUAGAUCGAUCUAUAUGCCAUUGUUUUAACAUUAUUGAGUUAAAUUUUAAAGGAUGCUGUAUCACCGUGGCAAUAAUGUGUCAAAAAUAUAAGAUAAACCUACUACAAUAUAAUUUUAGUCGAACCCAUCCGAAAAUUGGAUCAAAAAAGACGUGGUGUACUUUUUGGUGUCAGCAUUAGCUUCAAAAUCAACCACAGCACGACAAGGCGCGACAGCAGUCUCAUCUCUAAUCAAUAUUCAUGACUUUUACAAUAAUUUCGUCAGAUCGGAGCUAUUAGAGGUGGACGAAAACAAUUAUCCACCAAUUCUAAUUGCCGACGCCUUGAACUUUGUGGUGUUGUUCAGGAAUCAAUUAGACCCUCAGGUAAUCAUCGAAGCGUUCGGAAGACCAAAUGCACCAGUAAGAAGGAUUUUGACAUCAAACAAUUCGAUUCUGCACCACUUUUUGGGCUACGCGAUUGAUAAAUUGGCUACUGUGAGAAAGAAUAAUGUAAGUUCAUGGUUCGAAUUUUAUGUUUUUAGGUAACACUGAGUCUUGUGAAUGUUUAGAGUAUUAGGUUUUAAUGUUUGGCGAGGUAUAAUUUACAGAAAAUUAUGUCUGAAGGGAAACCAUGACCAAUUUUCAUGGAUAAUAUAGAAAUUUGAUGGUUUAUAGAGAUAUCUUGAUGAUUUUAAGAGUUUUUAAGCUUGUAUUAAAAAAAUAUAGCUUGAGAAGGUGUAAAGAUAAAUAUUCUAAUGAAUUUAAGUUGAUUUUUGUUAUUUUAGGAGCUCCUCUUCAAUUCCCAAACGAUUCCAGCCAGCGAAUACAUGGAAUCCUUGAUGGCGGCGAUUCAAAAGCCAGAUUCACAGAAGUCACACUACUUGAUUAAGGCCUUUAUGAGAUGUUUGUCAGUUAUGGAUGUAGGUUUUGUCAUGUUUUUAAUUUUUGAAAGUCUUAGUUUUUUGCACAGUGCAAGCAAAUUUAAUUUUUUGCACGGUGCAAAUUUUUAAAAUCAUUAAAAGUGCAUGCUAGUGUUAUGAUUAUUAGUUUUCCUUGUUUGUAAUUUUUUUUGGGUACAGAAAUGUGUUCAGUUUUAAAAAAUUUUUAAAUUUUUAGCAAAAACAAGCUGAAAAAGCGGAUGUUUAUGUGGAUUUCCUGGUACAACUGAUCCAAGCCGUCAUCAAGGAAUCCCAGAAUCCAAUCUUUACUCAUUUGGUCUUCGAAUCGUUGUGUGUUGUCAUCAAAAAGAGCUUCCCAUACAUUCAACAAGGCAUUUCGGAGCGAAUCAUGCCCAUCAUCGAGCAAAUCAUCUCCGCCGAUCUGGCCGACUUUGUACCAUAUGCACUACAAAUCGUCGCUCUAUUAUUAUAUCAAUCCGAAACGGAGAAGCGUUUGGGCCGCCAAGACUACGGAGCCGAGAAGUACGAAUCCUUUUUCCCACAUCUGGUCAAAGGCAACUUCUGGCAACGUGUAGCCAAUGCUCCAGCUUUGACUACGAUUUUUGAGGCUUUUAUCAAAACUGCACCGGACUUUGUGUUGAAGCCAGGCAAUGUGGAAGGUGUAAUGGGAUGUUAUCAAAGCCUAAUCAGCUCGCGGGCGUUAGAAGAAAGUGGAUUCAGGCUGGCGACGGCGUUGAUCAACCAUUAUGAUGUAAGUUUUGUUGAUUUUUUUUUGGUUUUGGAUUUUAGGUAUGAAAUGGAGAGGGUGAUGUUGAGCUUUUGAAUGAUUUAGAAGCUUUGAUAUUGUGUUAUAGAAUAGUCUAGGCUUUAUUUUUAGCUACGAAUUAGACUAAAUGGUUUAAUAUUGACUUUAAGAAUGAUUUAAGAUUUGAUAUUGAGCUAUAGAAUAGUCUAGGUUUGGUUUUCAGUUAUUAAUUAGACUAAAAGGCUUGAUUUUUACUUUGAUUUUACCAAUGUUGAUGUUGUAGUAGAUAAAAUAAUAUUCUUGGCUUAAUUCUUUAUGAAAUAUUAAUGAAUUAGGUAUUAAAAUGAACGGAAAAGAUUAAUCUUUAACGUACUACAAGUUUUAGGACUAGAAAUUUAUAUUAAUUUACAUAAAAUUCAAUGUAAUCCAUAAAAACCCAUUUUUAGUCCAAUCAAAUCCUCACGACCAGAGGCAUCCUCCUCCCAAUGCUAAACCGAUACCAAGCCAACAAAACCCCAAGAUUCACGAGGAUCUUUGUACUCUUCUUAACCAGGUUGGCAUAUCUAAAAGGCGCGGAGAAGUUUGCUCAUGUUAUGAACGAAAUCCAACCGGGUAUGAUCCAUAUGGUUGCGGACAAGGUCUUGCUAAAGGAAUUGAGAGAGAAUCAUCUGGCGCAGAACUUUGAAGACAAACGACAUAUUGUUCUAGGGCUGGCAUCGAUUGUCGGGGAUGCGUAUGAUCAAAUCAAGUAAGUUUGGGAUUGAAUAACAUUUUGUUGGUUUGUAAAGAAAGUUCUUGCCAUUUUUUGAUUUCUAAAGAAAGUUCUUGCCAUUUUUUGUUUUGUAAAGAAAGUUCUUACCAUUUUUUUUUAAAUUCAAAUUUUAGGCAAAUCUUCCCAGGCUUGGUCGACACCGCAGUUUCUGUCGUCGAAUCUACUACAACAUCGGGCAUUUUCGAAAAAGUCGACGAAGAAGUGGAAACAGAAGCCGCUGAUGUAUACUGCAAACUUACCAACAUCCAAUCAGAUCCCAUCAUUCCAAGAGACGUCAACAUCAGACAGUACCUAGCUCAAAUGGUUCAAAAAGCCCUGACUCAAGACCCGGCUGCUAUUAGUUGUCUUCCAGAAAAGAUCAAAAAUACCCUACAGCAAUAUGCUAUGUAA